UUUCCCCCACUCCUUCAAUUCUUCAAAAUCGAAAAGAGCAGAAUUAGGGCAGGAAAAUGUCGUCGUCCUCUUCGACCUUCUUCGAAUGCGAAGCCCCGUCGCAUCACUCCUACAGCAGGAAGCAGAAAUCUCUCGGCCUCUUGUGUUCUAAUUUUGUGAGUCUCUACGAAGGCAAGGAGGUGGAAUCGGUGUGUUUGGAUGACGCCGCGAGGAGGUUGGGGGUGGAGAGGCGGCGGAUCUAUGAUAUCGUCAAUGUAUUGGAGAGUGUUGGGAUUUUAGCGAGGAAGGCAAAGAAUAAGUACUCAUGGAUAGGGUUUUCUGGGAUCCCUAUGGCCUUGGAGAUGCUCAAGGAAGAGGCAUUGAUAAGUGGAUGUUCUGGGUAUGCAAUAGAAGCAAGAUCUUCAAAAAUUGAAGAUUUGGAGGAUGAUGGAGAUGACAAGUCUUUAGAUCAGAAUGGAGAUAAUGGAGUGGAGAAACCAAAUUCGUCUAAGGGAAAAUCUGUUAAUGAUAAUAGGAGGGAGAAAUCACUUGGUGUACUCACUGAGAAUUUUGUAAAGAUGUUCCUAAUUUCAGAUGUUGACACAGUUUUACUUGAUGAAGCAGCAAAAUUAUUGCUUGGUGAUGUACAUAACCCUUCCCAACCAAAAAGCAAUAGUGCAGCCAAAGUACGCAGACUCUAUGAUAUAGCAAACGUUCUCUCUUCACUCAACCUCAUUGAGAAGACACACCAUAUCGAGACAAGGAAGCCAGCAUUCCGGUGGCUGGGACUAAAGAGGAAGCCAAGUGCUGUUACAGUUUCUCUACAACCCAGUUCAAUGGCAAGUUGUAAGAGAGCUUUUGGAGCUGAUAUCACCAAUGUGGAAUUGACGAAAAGGAGCAAAUCAAUCUCUUUAGCUGAGAAGAAGCCUGUCAGAGUGUACAGUGAUGGCAUGAAAGAAUACAAUGUCUCAGCUCAGAAACAAUUCCAGACCUCUAAAGGGUAUGUUUUUGGACCUUUCUCUCCUUCUGCAAUGUCAAAGAGAGAUGAACAAAAUGAGGAGAAGCAAAGUAAAAAUGUUCAGAAUUGGGAGACUAUGGCAUCUUCCUUCCGCCCUACAUAUCAAAACCCAGUUUUGAGUGAGAUGUUUGCACACUACCUGGAGUCAUGGAACAGAUGGUAUGCUGAGAUAGCUCAAGUAACCUAUCGCGGAUAAAGCUCUGGCGUAUAAUUGAAGAAGAAAUAUUCAUCGUGCACUAUAAAAAAAAUAUUUUUUUUUUCAUGUUCAUAAAAUUUGUACUUCACCGUUCGCAGUCUCACUCGACGUCGAAGUCUAUGAUUUUGUCACCGUAUCAAGAAUUUGUUAUCUGUUGGGGUUACCGAAGGGCCGGAUCCAAGAGAGAUGGAGACUAACUUGGAGGAAUCUUGUCAUUGACGCAUUUGGGAGACGAUUAUACUGAGUUCAUGAUGUCGAAGAUCAGGGGAUUGGGGUUCGUUGAUCCUGAAUUUGGUUCAGAGGCUGUGAAGUGAUAAAGUACGGGGAGUUUUAAUGGAGUGGUGCAGGAGCUAAUUUGGUAUAUUUGGUCCUUGAGGAGUUCUUUAUGGUGGAGAAUGUGAGGAAGUCAAUAUCAAUUGAUGAGCAGCAAUUAGAAAACCGGACAAAAUCACUAGUGGUUGGUGUGAUUGUAUGGGUUUGAUCUUUCAUAUAUAUACAUCAAUGUCAUCACAUUUUAGUUAAAUAUAAUAUACUGGAGAAAAUAUGAAAUAUUUUAACUACUCCCGAUGAUGAAUCUAGUAUCAUAUGUGCCAGGCUUGUAACUCAGCUUCUAAUAGAAGGAUGGGGAUAGAAGACUCAAACAGAGCUAUUAAAUAAGGAUGGAGAGAUUUGUUUCAAAAAUUGAUUGAUUGUAAAAACUUGUGUGCAUGGUUAUAUUGUGUUACUAAUUUUA